CUUGGUGGUGUCAGAUUGUCAGUGGUGUGGGGAAUGUGGGUAGAGCACUGUUUGUUGUGGUUUGGUUGAGCGUGAUCAGUGAGUCAUCAGCGUCUGGUGCACAACGUUCCGCCACACAAAGGAAAAAUCUUAGUCUCGACCCUCACAAAGAAAAGAUGAAGCUCUUCAAGAAAUUAUGGCCUUCCAAAAUAGAGCCACAUGUUCCGGAGAGGGAACUAGCCAUUUCGUCUCCCACAGAAGUUACUCAUCAUGUACACAUAGUCAUCAACAGGGAGACCAAUUGUUUUGAAGGUGUUCCUCCUGGAUGGAGAAAGCAGAUGGAUAUUAUAAUUGGGGAACAUGAAGUGAAAAAGAAUCCUGAAGCUGCACUAUCAGCAAUGAUGUUCUUGAAAGCAAAAGAGAAUCCUCAAGAUACUUUGUCGGAAAUGAUGUUUAUGAAUUCCUCUAUGCUGGAAUCAAAGCUGGACUCUCACUACAAGCCAUCAAGUCCUGUGGCUAAGCCGUGCACAGUAAGCAAUACAGCUUAUGAAAAAACAAGUACAAUGACAGUUACAGAAUUGUCUGAAAACCAAAUGGGAAAAGAAGAGGAUCAGAAUGCUUUGCCAGACAAUGUCUUGAGACGACCUAACCAAGCUCAGAAGUCAGAAGCAGAAGGAGGUGUUGAGAAGGCACAGGCAGAGGGGAAAUCCACACAAAUGAGUGAUGCAGAAGUGAUGACGGAAUUCCAGAAACUUUGCUCACCUGGUGAUCCUGAAUUAGUGUAUGACCGGAACCAGGAACUGGGAUCUGGGGCAUCUGGGACGGUAUUCAUUGCACGGAAGAGGGCCACAGGUCAGAAAGUUGCUGUUAAAGAUAUCAAUCUUGAAAAACAGCAUAAAAAAGAAGCAAUUCUCACAGAAGUUAAUUUAAUGAAGAAUCUGCAGCACAAGAACUUGGUUAAUUUUUUAGAUUUAUUUCUGCAGAAUGAUCAUCUAUGGGUAAUCAUGGAGUUACUUGACGGGGGACCUUUAACAGACGUUGUCACCCAGACUGUCAUGAAGGAACCUCAGAUAGCUGCAGUGUGUAAUGAGACACUACAAGGCAUUGCUUAUCUCCAUGACAAUGGGAUCAUUCACAGAGACAUCAAGUCAGACAAUGUUCUCUUGGGAAAGGAUGGCUCUGUUAAAUUGACUGACUUUGGUUUCUCUGCUGUUUUGAGUGGAGAUGAGAAGCGUCAGACUAUGAUUGGCACUCCUUAUUGGAUGGCGCCAGAGGUCGUCCAUAGGAAAUAUUAUGGGCCAAAGAUUGAUAUUUGGUCCCUGGGAAUCAUGGCCAUAGAGAUGAUUGAAGGAGAGCCACCUUACUUGAAUGAGACUCCUCUUCGGGCUUUGUAUCUCAUAGCCUCCAAAGGAAAGCCUGAUGUUGAAUCUCAGGAUGAAUUAUCUCAAGAGUUUCAGGAAUUUCUGGAUUGUUGUCUUGAAGUUGAUGUUGAGAAGCGAGCCACAGCAGCAGAUCUCCUUUCCCACAGAUUCCUCACCAAAGCAGUUAGUACAGCUACUUUAAAGCCUCACAUUGAGGCAGCUCAAAAAAUCUUGGGCAAAAAUAUCCAUUGAAAUUCACUAAGGUAACAUUAAUAUGGAAUAUAAACAUCCGUAUCCAAUACAGUAUUGGAUUAUAUAUAACCUGCAUGCUUUAGUCAUUUGAGAUCCAGAUGGUGUUUUAAAAAAAAAUGUAAAGCAUGAAAUGCUUAUUUGAUCUUAUUAGUGGUUAAGAAUUUUAUUUAUUUAUUUGUAUUAGUUUGCUCUCUAGCUGUUAAGUAGACAAUGAACUGUACUGGUUCCUGGGCAUUCAGUUAUAUCUGCUUGUGAGCUGCAAAAUAUAUUUUAUUAUUUUGUUCACAA